GCAACAUGACGCCUGGGCUCGGCAAACUACUCAUGACUAUCCGCUUCUGGCGACUGGGGCAUAAUCUAAGCAAGGGCCCUGACGCGGAAGAUUGUGCGGAGGAACUUCGACAGAUCCGGUGCCUUUUGAUAGCACAUAAAGCUGUCCGAACGACGACAGUCAUCUGCUGAAACGACACUUUCCCCCACGCGGCACAGAGACUCGGCGGCACAGCAGCAAUGUCACCUUCUGGUAGUAACUUUGCGCUCGCUCCGACGCUGGGCGCAACCUACAUCGGAACCAUCUUUGGCGCAAUCCUGUUUGGUGUUACCAAUGUUCAAACAUACAUGUACUACAAGCGCAGCAAAAAUGAUCCGCUUCUGAUGAAGAUUUUGGUCUUUUGCCUAUGGAUACUGGACUGUUUGCACCAAGCGUUCAUCACACAUGCCUUCUACACAUACGCCGUCAUUGACUUCUCGAACGUGCUCGCACUCUUGGCACCAGAGUGGAGCGUCAUGGCGCAUGUUUUCGUUGCUAGUACAAGCGACACGCUCGUGAGAGGCUUAUUCUGCCACCGAGUGUACUUGUUAAGCGACAGAAACUGGGUCAUCACCACUGCGAUCGCCAUCAGCACUAUGGUGGUUUUCGGUAGCAGCUGGGCGUUCGCAAUCAAAGGGCUCUCUUUGUCCGAUUAUUUUGACCUCACGAGCAUCACGUGGUUCAUAUAUACAAGCCUCAUCUCUGCAGUGGUUGCAGACGUGCUCAUCGCUAGUUCUCUCUGCAUCCUCUUGAGUCGGCGUCGCUCGGCUUUCGCAAGAACGAACUCAGUGGUCCGCGUGUUAAUGAUAUAUAGCAUCAACACCGGUGCUCUGACAAGUCUCUGCUCCAUAAUUUGUCUCAUAAUCUACGCAACCGAGCCGAACGCUACAAAGUUCACAUUCAUCGCCAUCUACUUUGUGCUUCCCAAGCUGUUCCUCAACUCCCUUCUCGCAUCGCUGAACGCAAGGCAGGGUCUCCGAGAGAGGCCACCAGGCCACAGCGUGGUAUCCAGCAGCAGUUACAAUCACAAAACGGAGCAACAACAUAGCGGCGGAGAGCGGAGUAUCCAGAUUCACAUCCGGUCCACUAGUGACAUAAAGACCGUGGACACCAUAACUGAUGUUUCUGGGGAGCAUGAGUCUUGGAACGCUCUUUGAAGGAUUUACCACCAAUCAUCCGGGAGAUGAUCGACUCACUCGAACAUUCGUUCCCAAUCUGUGCCGAUCAUAUGAUUUCUCUAAUACAUCCCAGGACUUCAAGCCGCUCAUUUCCUUGC